UACUCAUAGGGUUUGCAAAAAGGGUUUUAUUCACACAGUCACGCACACUAAAACACCGUCAAAAACACGCACAACCUCCCGCCCCCUUCGCCGUUUUGUCAACUGCGACACAGCUCAGCGAGGUUUUGAGUAAUGCUGCUAGGUGUUUGAUGAAAGUCCCCUGAGAAAAAAAAAGGACCUAUGUAUAUCACGGAGUGAUUCUUCAGCGCCUGGUAGUGUGGCUACUCUGGUUUUGUGUAAUAUUAUAUAGGAUCUUACAAGAUGGCGGUGGAACAAGAGAACGGCGAUCCUGGAAAAAUACGCCCUGCUGUCGAAGAGGAUAUCUCCGAGGAGAUGGAAAUAAAAGUGAAGAAGUAUCUUAGAGGAGAAGGAGCUAAUCUGGAGGUUUUACAAGAUAAAAAAUUGAAAGGGAAGCUUGCUGCAAGAGAAAAAUUAUAUGGAAAAUCUGCAGUGGCUGCUGCCAAAGCUGAAAAGUGGCUUAUGCCAACUGAGGGGGGAUAUUUGGAACCUGAAGGUAUAGAGAAGACAUGGCGAAUUAAGCAGGAGUCCAUUGCUCGCGAAGUAGAUAUCUCUAGCACAAGGAAUCAAUAUGAUAUUAUCCUCCCAGAGCUUGGUCCUUAUUCUCUUGAUUAUACAUCAAGUGGGCGAUACAUGGCGUUAGGCGGACGAAAGGGUCAUUUGGCGAUUAUUGAUGUAAAAAGCAUGGGUGUUACUAGAGAAAUGCAGGUUCGAGAAACGGUUCGAGAUAUUGUCUUUUUGCACAAUGAACUAUUUUUCGCUGCUGCCCAGAAGAAGUAUACAUAUAUUUACAGCCGAGAAGGCAUAGAACUCCAUUGUCUAAAGGAACAUGGCCCAGUUCUAAAGCUUCAAUUUCUAAAAAACCACUUUUUAUUGGCAUCCAUGAACAAAUUUGGGCAGCUCCGCUAUCAGGAUGUUACAACGGGGGAGAUGAUUGGUUGUUAUCGAACUGGUCAAGGCAGAUGUGAUGUUAUGCGGGUAAAUUCGUUUAAUGGGGUGGUUGCUACAGGCCAUUCUGGCGGUACAGUUAACAUGUGGAAACCUACCACUGGUGCUCCUCUUGUUAAGAUGCUGUGUCAUCAAGGACCUGUCACGUCUUUGGCAUUUCAUCCAAAUGGCCAUCUCAUGGCGACAGCUGGUAUGGAUAAGAAGAUAAAACUUUGGGAUUUGAGAAAAUUCGAGGUUCUCCAACAAUUACCUGGCCAUGCCAAGACCAUGAAUUUCAGUCAGAAAGGUUUGCUGGCUGCUUCCACCGGUUCUUUUGUGCAGAUACUGGGAGAUUUGAAUGGAUCCAACAAGUACAGUCGAUAUAUGAAUCAUUCUAUGGCGAAAGGUUAUCAGAUACAGGAAGUAGUAUUCCGUCCAUAUGAGGAUGUUCUAGGCAUAGGGCAUUCUAUGGGUUGGUCUUCUAUCCUCGUUCCAGGAGCUGGAGAACCCAACUUCGACUCUUGGGUGGCGAAUCCAUUUGAAACAACUAAACAGAGAAGAGAGAAAGAAAUCCGCUCUCUUCUUGACAAGCUUCCACCAGAGUCGGUAAUGCUGGAUCCGUCUAAGAUCGGUACAGUGAGGCCCACAAAGAAGAGAAACAAACCAACUAAGCUGGAGCGAGAAGCUGAAUUAGAAGCUGCUGUUGCAGCUGCUAAAAGCAUGCCACUGAAGAAUAAAACGAAGGGAAAGAAUAAACCAAGCAAGAAGCUGAAGAAGAAAUAUGAAGCCGUUGAUAGAGCCAAGAAGCCUUUCUUGGAAAAACAGAUGGAGGAGGAAAAUCCCACAAAAAAGAAAAGGAAGACAGAGAGCGUAGCAGACGAGCUACCAAAAGCACUACAGCGGUUUACUCGCAAGAAACCUGCAACAUGAUUUCUUUCCUGCGUUUUUACUUUUACAUUUCUUGUGUUGGGCAAUUUCAUUAGAGCUUGUUUUAACUAAAUUUUGACCUUGCUAAAGAUGUAUUGUUGUAGUAUGAUACAACUAAUUUUUUGUAGCAUAUUUGAAGUUAUCUUGUUGCCAUUUUA